CGCGGUUCUGGGUCUGUUGUGGUUCGGCUGAAGAAAGUUUCCAAACACAAAAAUUCCUGGUGAAGCAACUGAGAUCUUUGUCACAUCCUAUUAUAAAGAUGGCGUUUAUUAAAGAGGAGAGUGAAGACAUGAAGAUUGAAGAGACAUUCAGAGUGAAAGAAGAAGAUACUGAGGAAACAGAACUGAUGCCGCUGAAAGUGGAGAGUGACAUAUUGAAUCAUAUAGAAGAGAAAGAUCAAUAUGAGAAACAUCAUGAUUUCAUUACUGAAGAUGAAUCUUUUAGUUACUCACAGACUGAAAAUACUUUCUCACAAAAAAAAGUUCGAAAGAUGGGAACAAGAAAUUACUUUGCUUGCUUUCAGUGUGGGAAGAGGUUCAGUCAACAUGGAAACCUUCAGGCUCACCUAAAACUUCACACAGGAGAGAAGUUUUACACAUACCCUCAAUGUGGAAAGCAAGAUGGGAACCUUAAAGUCCACAUAAAAAUUCACACUGGAGAGAGCCCUUUCACCUGCCAACAGUGUGGAAUAAGCUUCACUGUAAAAAGAAGCCUUACCAGGCACAUGGGAAUCCACACUGGAGAGAAGCCUUACACAUGCCCUCAGUGUGGAAAGAGUUUUAAUCAACAUGGAAACCUUGAAGUCCACAUGAGGGUUCACACUGGAGAGAGCCCUUUCACCUGUCAACAGUGUGGAAAGAGUUUCAACCGAAAAGGAAACCUUAAUUAUCACAUGAGAGUUCACACUGGGGAGAGACCUUUCACCUGCCAACAGUGUGGAAUGAGCUUCACUAUAAAAGGAAGCCUUACCAGGCACAUGCGAAUUCACACCGGAGAGAAGCCUUACACAUGCCCUCAGUGUGGAGAGAGUUUCAAACGACAUGGAAACCUUAAAGUCCACAUGAGAAUUCACACUGGAGAAAAGCCAUACACAUGCCCUCAGUGUGGAAAGAGUUUUGAUCAACAUGGGAACCUUAAAGUCCACAUGAGAAUUCACACUGGAGAGAAGCCUUACACAUGCACUCAGUGUGGGAAAAGUUUUGAUCAACAUGGGAACCUUAAAGUCCACAUUAGAGUUCAUACUGGAGAGAAACCUUACACAUGCACUCAGUGUGGAAAGAGUUUUGAUCAACAUGGGAACCUUAAAGCCCACAUGAGAGUUCACACUGGAGAGAAGCCUUACAAAUGCAUGCAGUGUGGUAAGAGUUUCACUAAAAAAGGACACCUUGAAGUCCACAUGACAAUACAUACUGGAGAGAAGCCUUUCACCUGCAAACAAUAGAAGCAGCACAGAGAGCCGCUUCAGAAACAUGCAUGGCGCGGCUGGAAUAAACACAAGCAUUGACUAGAGUGGCCUCAAUCAUCAUCAGUGGCAGUAUCAGAGCCACACUGCACCGCAGACGUGUGAAACGCAGCUACUGUGGAAAAAGUUUCAGCUGAAAAGGAAUCCUUAACAAGCACAUGAGAAUUCACACUGGAGAGAAGCCAUUUAUAUUUGGUCAGUGUGGGAAGACUUUCAGAUAUAAUUGGAACCCUUAAUUACUACAUGAAGAUUCACUUAAGAAAGAACUGUUUUAUAUCAUCAGUGUGGAAUAUGUUUCACUGUGGAAAAAAUUUGCGGAAACAAAGCAACUCUUAAGGUUUAUGCAGUUUCAGAUGUUUCUUGAGGUUAGUUUAUAAACUUCUAUGAAGUGUAUUUUUGUACCAAUAAAGGUCCAAUAUUUGUAAAAAUGAUAAUUUUCCAUCCACAGUUUUACUCUCUGUGAAAAACACUCAGCUUCAAGGGGCAUUACCUCUUGGAGAAAUGGAAAUAAAGAGCCACUGCUGUGAUUGGCUAACUUCAUCACACCAUAUCCAUGCCCUCUUUCACAACAUGUUGUUUGUUUUGAUACUCGAGAUGGUAAAUACUGUGAUAGAGCCAUAUAUGUUUGAGCUUGAGUCGGAAGAAGUGGAAACAAUGCAACCACAAUGAUGGUAACAGUCUGUUUCAGUGUGGUAAUUGCUUUUGUUUGCUUAAUUUCCAGUACUUGUCAUAUUACAAAGGCCACUACAUGUACGCAGAUGUGUACAAAUUUGAU